UCGUUUCAGUUAAGAUUUUGUCUUCUCAAUGGUAGCAUAUUUGUUGUCGUAUUGUUAAGAAAAAAAGUUGUAUAGAAACAAAAACAAGAGAAAAAUAAGUACAUAGUGCAAAAAGGAGAAUAUAGUCCAAACGUACCUACUGCUCCAAUUUUAUUUAUUUUUAUCUUUGAAAAACGAAGAAACAGUGGAAAAACAGUAUUUUUAUUGAAAUUCGUCAGUUUUGUUUGCCAACUGCAACUGUGCAUAUAAUAAAGAAAUAUACGUUAUAACUUGGUGAACUCGAUUUUGUGAUAGUUAGUUUUCUGAAGUAGCUGAGCGGAACGGCGUCCUUUUAUCUAAGUUAAAACAUCUGCAGCUCACUUAGAAAAAUACGAACUACCUGAAAUUUCAUCCAAUUUUGUGACUAAAAUAAAAUAUGCAAUACAAAAUAGGAAAGAGUAAAACACACAAAUUGUUGUAUUAAAAGUUGUUAGAAAUCGAACGAGUAAUUAAUUAAAAUCAAAAUCUGAAUAGUGCCCAGCAGAGUAUAUAAUUUUUGAGGUGGAAUUUCCGUGGUUUGCAUUGUUCCGAAUUAAUUGAAGAGGAAGCAGUUGUGAGUGGAAAACAUAUCCGAAAUCAAGGAAAUUGAAUUGAAAAAUUUGUUAUUCAGAUGUUCUCGAUGAAAAUUAGAUAAUCCUAACUUCCUUGUACAGAAUUUAUUUGUGAAACGUUUGUUACGGUAUUUGACAAAGUAAAUCAUAUUCGGAAAACAGAAUAGAAUUAAUCGGGAAUACCGUACAGUGCUCCUCGUUGGGAAAAUAUCAAUUUGUUGAGUUAUUUUCGACGGAAAUUAUCAAAGUAGGGAAAGUCGCGUAUUCAAGUGUUGGUUGCGGAUUAUCUUGACUUCGUCGAUCGACCCUUAAAUCGUGUUUCAACAAUAUCUUUUCGAAUCGUCAUUUCACAAUGUUGGCUAUGCCGACUUUAAUGAUGCCCGCACCAACAAUGGCCUUAAGUAGUCAGCCAUUAACUGUGGGGGCACCGCAUAAACCAUACGAAACAAAAUUGUUGGCAAUACAUCAGUCGCAUUUGCAGCAAUCACAUUCGCAGCAGCAACAGCAACAACAACAGCAGCAAUCACAAUCGCAUCACUUACAACAGCAACAACAACAAACUCACAGUCAACAAUAUCAGAUUCAAUCACAACAACAAAGUCCUCAACAGUUGUGCUCGACCCCGAAGCAAGAACAUUUUCACAUUUUUGUUGGCGACUUGAGUUCGGAAAUUGAAACACAACAGCUGAAAGAUGCUUUUGCACCAUUUGGAGAAAUAUCAGACUGCCGUGUAGUUCGUGAUCCACAAACGCUAAAAUCAAAGGGAUAUGGAUUUGUUUCAUUCGUUAAAAAGACAGAAGCAGAAAGUGCCAUAACUGCAAUGAAUGGUCAGUGGCUCGGAUCACGUUCAAUCCGAACAAACUGGGCAACGCGUAAACCACCAGCUGCCAAAACAGACCAGAAUGCCAAGCCAUUGACUUUCGACGAAGUUUACAAUCAGAGCAGCCCGUCAAAUUGUACAGUUUAUUGUGGCGGCGUUAAUGGGGCCCUGACUGGUGCCUUAACCGAAGAAGUUCUACAGAAAACGUUCUCUCCUUUCGGAACGAUUCAGGAGAUUCGAGUUUUCAAGGACAAGGGAUACGCAUUCGUUCGGUUUUCAACAAAGGAAGCGGCAACUCAUGCUAUUGUUGGAAUCCACAAUACCGAAAUCAACGGUCAGCCGGUUAAGUGCUCGUGGGGUAAGGAAAGUGGCGAUCCGAAUAAUGCACAAUCGAUUGCUAGCCAGGCAUUAAAUCAGGCUGCAUUUCCUUUUGGUGCGGCAGCUGCUGCCGCCGCCGCUGCCUAUGGUCAACAAUUGGCUGGCUGCUGGUACUCCCCGGCUCCGACAUAUCCUACAGCAGCAGCUGCUGCUGCAGCCGCCGCGGCCGCUACACCUACAGCUGCCUCGGUACAAAAUCAGUACUUGCAAGGAAUUCAAGGAUAUCCUUACGGUCAAUAUGCAGGCUAUCAGCAAGGAUAUAUGGGAAUGGGAGUGCAAAUACCAGCAACUUGGCAAGGAGUAGCAACACAAGCUCAAAUAUCUCCCGCUCAGCAGCUUGCAACAGGCGUGGCUGGGGCUACCCUUCCACAGGCUACCGGGGUUGUGGCUUAUCCAAUUCAACAAUUCCAAGUUAGCCCACAGGCACAGUAAAAAUACAUAAAAUGAGCUGUUUAGUGUUGAAAAUAUUUAUAUGAAUAAAUCAAGAGAAAAAACUUAUCAUCUAAGCAAAAUAACAUGAAUAAACUAAAAUAGUGGAGAAUGAAACGUUCUAAACAACAUUUUAUGUUGAAAUAUUGCUAACAAAUUAAAAUUAAAUCAAUCGUUGUCUAAAAGAAUCGUAUAAAAGAUGCAAUUACAAAAGAAGCGUGAAAAGUCUAGAUUUGUAUUGAAGAAAAAACAAGAAUUAAGAAAUGGACACAAUGUUAGUGUACAUCCUUUGUGAAAUUGAACCGAUUCCUCCGAAAUUUCUUUAGACACUGUUGCUUCCUUUUUACCUGGUUUUUCAUUUUUAUUGCAACAAUGUGUUUUCCACUUAUUUUUUGUAUGAUCUUCCUUUCAACACUGUCAGCUUUAUUUUAUCGUUCGAUGCUAAUUAAAUUUAAAGCAAAACCGUAAUGGGGACAUGAGGGGCGUUAUGGAAAGUCAAUUCCCCUUAUUUACUAUUCUAGGGAAGAUAUAAAAAAGCGUAUAAAUGCGAAACCCUACGACGGUUUGUUGUUGCAGAGGUCUCAAAGUCAAGAGAAUAUUUGGAUUCUCGCAUACAAACACUGCUCAAAAUUUACGUCAUCGAGUUAGACCGUUCGCCGCUUCGUUUAUUCUAUCUGGAACGGCGACGGCGAUGGUGAUUUCUAUUAGUACCUUGCUGAGUGGGUUGGAACAGGGUUGGGUAUGUUUGAAACCUGCUACUGAUAGCAUCAAUUGGAAGUGGAACCUUCUUUUUAAUAUUAUUUUCUUUGUACAAGUCUUAUCUCUUUAGAUAUUUGUUACCGCAAAAAUUGCUCUUGAAAUAUAUGAAGAAUAGGAACACAUAAAAUCUGUUCUCCAUAACCGAAGUUGGUCAGCAUAACACUUUAAAUGAAAUGGGUAUCCUUCCUUCCUUCCUAUCUAACUAUUGGGUUUCUAAACAAUGUCUCUCUAUUAUCCGUAGAGAUACUAUCUUCCAUUUUUCAUCGCCAUCCAAUCCAAUCAUUAUCAACGAUACAACAAAAGGUGUCCGGUCGAAGUAUGUCUUACUAAGGAGUUGCUAACAUCCCUAUCAGCUGUUUGGCUUACAUCAUCGUUGGAUCAUUCUCACCAACCAUACUGAUUGGGUGACCUGACCGCAGCCUGAUUAUUCAGAACAAAUCGUCCAUCCUCCUGUAAUGAUCCAACAAUUCUUCGGGGGUUCCCCUGUCUAACCCUGGGUAAUUCUUCUUGCUAAGGACCCAAGUCUCCGAGGAAAUCAUGGGGACCGACAAGAUAAUUGUCUUGCAUAGCAAAAGCUUAGAUUCUAUGGUGAGAUGCUUCUGCAGAACAGCUUCCUUAAAACGGAAGCAUGGUCUGUUAGCUGCCAAUAACUCUGCGCGCAUUUUGUCGUCGUAUUGGUUGUAAAUUGUUUGUUUUUCCUAUUAUGUCAAUAUCAUCGACAUAGGCCGGUAAUUGGGUUGACUUGUGGAUGAUAAUGCCCUAGCAUUUACUUGUACAUCAGCGUCACAGAUCACUUUUUCCAAAACCAGGGAAAAAAGGAUGCAUGAUAGGGUAUCACCUUGCCUUGUAUCGUUGUUGGGGAGAGAGUUCGGGUUUGGGGACGAAAGGGCUGCCAGGCGCUAAUGUCUCUAACAGGACCCAUAUUUCGCCGUUAUGAAAGUUUUUUGAAAAAUGGUUGGGAAACAUUGAACGCACUGACCUUUGUCAAUUAUGGCGGAGGAUUCAUUACCGACUCCCAAAGAAUUAAGUUCGGAAUUGGAUGUAAAAAUCUUCCAUGGCUCAAACCCAGUCUCUCCAAUAGUUCUUUUAAUAAAUAAUAGAACUUCGCCUUUGACAGUGAGGUCUUUUUUUUCAGGAAAAUCUUUCCACUUGUCUUGGAUUUUGCUUCGGUAUCUUGUCAGGGGAGGUUCCAUUCUCUGGAACCGUCAGUUCUGUAGCCACAAAGAAGGAAAAUCAGAUGGCAGUAAUGCUACAUAACUAAAAGGAAAACAUCGUUCUGUAGCUGUUGCACAUUCACCGAAGUUAUACUUUCCUCAGGAACGUGCCACAUACUUGCAGUUUUUAUUCUAAGGGCAAGCAUGACCAUGAGAGACGGAUCAACUUUUUGCUCUUUGGAUUGACAGUCUAGAACGCGGCCUAGACAUUUUAUUUAAGGUUGGACUAAAUCUAUCCAAGGGGUUCUAACCAGGAGUUGAAUAGCUCUCAUAAGCCGUGAACAAUAUCUAUACUAGCAAUAAAAGUGAUGAAAUGGUAUAAAUGCUAUGCAAAAAAAAGAUUUGGUCCUUUCACAUUAUCUUUGAAUCGGUCAAGGGCCAUUGAUCGAACUAGGUGUUCAAAGGAGCGAUGUAUUGUGAAUACUGUUGUUGUGGUAGAACUUCCCAUGUGUGUUUCCAAGCAUGUUUUGAAUAGUUUGAUAACAUGCGCUACGUGCUCAAAUGGAGAGCAUGUACUUGGAGGGAUAUAUAUCAGACUUUGCUAACGAUGUUGAUGAAUGGUCCCCUCGAUUUUUUCAUUUUGGAUUUUCAUAAUGUAUCCACUUUUCGUCACCAGCAACAAUAUGAUGCAAAAAAAACUUUCCGGAGUUUGUACUGCGAGCGGCAGUCCACAUAUAAGCCUUUUGACCUAAAUUCAUACGGUAACCAAUCUUCUUGCUUUACAAUCAUGAAUGCAACGGCUUAAAAGUGGCUUGGCGAGUAAUUUCAAAUAACACUGCAAAUUGUUCUUGAGUUUUUUUCGUGUCUUCCUCAAGUAAUGGCAUGUUAUUUAUCAUUACCUAGAUUACAUCCACCUCUGACUAAAGGGAAAAAUAUCAUGCCAAUCUUUCAAUGUAAAGAAUCUUGAGGUGCUCUGGGAUACGAAGGGAAAUCAGAAACUGAAAACAGAAUGGCUUAGUACAGUAAUAAGCUGUUGCAAUAGAAUGUUACGCUUAAAGUUUUACUCAUGGCUGAAGGAUUUGCCUGCCCAACUGUGAAGGACUAAAUGUGUAAUAGUUCCAAGUGACCACAUUGCCGCUACGGUUAAGAAAUGAAGUGAUCAAAUACACUUUAAGGUCUAGGUUAUGCUUAGGGUACACUAUAUCGGUAAGCGCUGUCACACUGGGAUGCUCGACAGCUAAUCCGCGCGACUAUAGCAUUAUAUUGGAAUUACUGCGAAGAGAACCUUGGAAGUCUUGGAAAUCUAGGCUCCAUAUCGUGGGAAGAUUCCCCCCACGAUAUUUCUAUAGGGGGCCUAAAAGGAAGCGGCGAUAUCCGGCAAAAUUAUGGGCUGAUUUUUUCACUGAUGGAUCGAAAUUGGCCUACGAAUUUGGAACGGCACACACAAUAUAUCCUAAUCUUACAGACUUCCAGGACCUACAAUAGUAUGCUAGGUAUUCAAGGAGGAGAUAGUGGCAAUAUAGGAAACUUAUCGGUGGCUGAGUUGUGAUUUGAAUCUCAAGCGGACCAUGCCUAUUUCAAUCCAUAUUGAAACGACUGUGAGAACCAUAUAGUCGACAGUCACUUACUCCAAGGUGAUAAACACCAUCCAAAAUCAUCGUCGAGCUACAAUAAAAUUAAGAUAUUACUUCACAGCAUAAAGUUAACUCACUCUGGAUACAUCUGCAUUCUUCCUCUCUUUCUUUUCCUUCAAGGUUUUUGGAUACAGAAAUAUAGAUAGGGAUAAACGGGCGUACAAACAAGUAAAGCUGCGAUCUUGGAGAAUACAGUCUGCGGUCACUGGCGACUCGUCGCGGAGUGCCUGAAACUACUUGCCUUGCCAAGAUUGAAAGCGUUGUAUAUUGGAGCCAACCUUCAAAUAAGCGGCCACCAAGCCAAUCGGUUUUGUAUCCAAGCGGGAUAAGUAUGGUCCCUCUCGCUUAAGAUUUAAGUGAUAAUGACUCUGAUUCAGUCGUCAUAGUUCGUCUUGUUAUCACCUGAAGGUCCAUCGGUUUCCAUUUUUAAAUUGGCUGAAUAAUGAGAUAUUGUGUGCACUCUUUCUGACACUUUCGUCUGUCAAACGCUUUUGUCUCCUUAGAAAUGUAAUUAUUUUUUCGCUACUGGAAAGAGUGUGGGUAAAAGUAGGAGAUUUUAUCAUCAAUUCGGGUUAAGUACUCCUGAACAAAAAGGCGAAACUUUCUUACACUGAUUGCACAAUUUCGGUUUUCGAACGGUGGUCGAACUGCUGGAUUUUCUGAUAUUUCAGAAGACAAUGUUAAUAGAAGUGAUCCACCCUGCUAGAUAUCUAUUAUCUAUAGGCAUUCCCAAUGGUAGUAGCCUAAGGUUACGUCGGUGUUCACCUCAACGACAAACAUCACCUCGUUAUUAUCUCAACAUUUUUCUCCACGAAUGUUUUGCUCCUGACGAGGACUAAUCUCUUGCCCUUUAGACCAAAUUGUUGGGUCCCAAUCUUAUCAACCGUCUUGGAUUGAAGCAAAAGUCGGUCUUGGACUGUUAAUAUCCAAAUGAUUAAUUAAAUUAACAUUCAAAUAAAUAUCAUUCACAGAAAGAAGGGCCUAUUUAUUCAAUUUUUUGGUAUAUACAUAGCUUAUGAGGGUGGCGGUUCAUACAUAUUUUUCAUGUCUCCUGAGUUCUGUGAAUAUCCGCUCAUCAUUAUUUAUUUUUCACCUCUCAUGAUGUGACAGAAAUAUUAUUAGCCUACAUCACAAUUAGUUUCUAUCAUUUACAAAGCAAUUGUUAGCCGCUAUAUUUAGCUUUGUUCUAGCUUUCAAAAUUCCUGCAGAGUGGUUUACCAACAAUAAUAGCCCAUUGACAUUAUAUCUGCUGAGACUCCGUUUACUAUAUAAACGUCAGCAUAGUCGUCAUUUCUAACCAACCGUUCCCCAACUGCUUAUCAUAUGUAUACAUUCAUACAGGUUCCGAAUUCUAUUGAUCCUUUGAAAUAUUCAAUGAAUUUUCUUGGAAACUGGAGGCAGCAAGUCAUUAAUCGAGUUAAUGGAAUUAACUUUAACUAAAGUUUAACUGCAAAACUCCUUUAAAAAGUUGAUCUUUAGAUUUGGAACAUCACACCUUUAGGACAGUUGUAAAAAUGAAGGUCUGGCAGUUUUCAUGUGGACCAAGAAAACGGAAUAAGGCAGAUGAGGAGGCACACAUUUUCACCACAACUCCUGUAACGUCUCGUCGUUUCAAGAAAGAAUAAAAUGACAGAAAAUUAAUCAAAAUUACGCGGGGGAAGGUUUACAAAAUACCAAGCUUUCAGAGUGAGGUUCGUGCUUCAUAAACCUUAUAAAAAGGCACAAAGGUUGUAUACAUUCUAUGGUAUUGCGUAAUCGACCUAUCCUUUAUAAGAUACAAAAUUCAGGUUUAGAGGACAGGAUAUUCGUUCGGGUUUCUUCUUCUUUAUUAGCUUUGUCUUGUUCAGUAGUAGGGUCUCAUUUCGAUGGAUUGUGACAUUUCCUAGCGCCAUAGGCCUGAUCUGAGUAGCAUUGAGAUUCUGGUAAUCUCCUAUUGAUGAUGUUGAGACCGAACAAUCAUGCCUCCCCCAAAAUUUUUCCACACCACAUCGAUCGAAAAUACCGUCAUUUCAGAUGUGGUCAUGGUCUGCUAAACCAAUGAUACAAUGCAGUAUCUCUGUCUCCAUUACCGCUAGGCGCCGUUCAUUAUCUUUUAUAGUUGGCCAGCACUCAAAACUAUAGAGGACGGCGGAGGGGACGACACUCUUGUCAAUUUUGAAUUUGAGACGUUCGUUGAUGUGUCGACCACUGCGAAAGGCAGUUGUGCUGCUCCACUAAGUGCAAGUGGCUCUGAUGCGUGAAGCAAUUUCAUAACGCAGUUCACCAUAGGCUGAUAGUACUAAUCCAAGAUUCUUAAAUCGUUCAAUACUCGCCAGGUCAUUGCCGUUGACAGUGAUGGUGUCUGUUUCAUUGACAGUAGUCGAAAAUUCUGUAUUUUUUCAGAUUUUCUUAGAGGCCGUGUUGUAUAAUACAAUGGCACUGCGUAUUGCUACAGAGUACACGAGUCACCAUUUUUGCUUCCAUAAAUCAAACAAGUCGGGAAACUGGAAGCUCGAUACUUUAGAUAUGAAUGGUUUUGUUGGUCUUUCAUGUAAUAAUAUUCGGGUACACGAUGGUUCCACUCAUAUAUAGUUCGUAGUGUAUAUACGUUGAACGUACUUACAUGUUAUCCUUCAAUGAGUACCAAUUUGACAAAAAAGAGGCAACUUUGACCUACUGUAACUUUGUUAAUUUUCCAGUAGCUCGCUCCAUAUUGAUGCCUAUGGCAUAUUAAUGCAUUAAUAUAUUUUACGAGUCUAGGUUGCAGUUAAGAGGGGUGCGCAGUAAAUUUUAAAAAUACAUCAGUAUACUAUUAUUAACUUUAUUUUAUUAGAUAUUGGUAUGGAGGGUAUUUCGAAAUCCGGAUGUCAUAUUGAGGCAUCAUUAUGGACGUUUUGGAAACUGCUUCAAAACUAGGGCUUGCUUGUAAAGUACUAAUCGAAAUCGAAUCAUGCAUGGACCUUCCCAGCAAAUUUGAAGUCAAUUUUCUGAGAAAAGUACGUGUGAUAGAUGGACAGGCAGAUAGAUGAUAGUAAACUGAUUUUAAUAAGGUUUUGUCUUUUGUUAUGUGUCCGGAUACCUGAAUGGUUAGAGCUGUCGUAGGGAAGGGCGGGUUUAAAUCUCACUGGUCGCAGUGGGAUUUGUAUCGUGAUUUGAUGUUGGAUACCAGACAAAUCCGAUUAGGUUGUUAUUAUUGUUUGUUUUCAAGAUAGCAAUGCAUUUUUAAAGAAGGCUUAUACUUUUGGGAAUAAGGAAGUAACAAUUGCAGAAGUGUAAUCAAAAAGUAGUUAGAAAACGUUACUAUUGGGGGUUCCUUUGGAAAAAUAAAAAGAGUUGAUGUUUUUUGAAGUACCGCAGUAUCGUAGCAAAAACAACAUUUUUUGGUCAAAAUUGGGAGAGAAAUAUUCUUGUUAGCAUUUUCAUUUAGAAGUUGUUGUUCUAAUGUUGCGGUUUUCUUAAGCUGAAAGUGGCUGAUGUUCGCUUUGUAAUGAGGAUUUAUAGUUCGGAGUUUGUUAAGUGCUUAGUUUCCGGUCAUUUUUCAAGUAAUCUCCUCUAGUUUCGUUGUCUUCAGCCUAUAUAAAACCUGGCAGCAAAGUAUUUAUGCUCUACUGAGCGAUAUGUGCAACGCUAGCAUUGGAGCAAUUACGGAGAGCUCGAGGAUCCCUGCAAACAAACUCGUGGAAAAUCAAGGCAGAGUGAUUUCAGGGUGUCAGAGUCUAUGACGGAAGUUUUAUCUUUCAAGGAUGAUUUAUUGUCAAAAAUUCAACAACUGAAACACGUCUUUCGUUACCUAUUACUGUUUUUAGUAAACUGUUUACUCGAUACCUUGUUUCUCCCGAUUUUGAGAAAUCUAGAGUGACAGCACUUUCGAUAUUCAAUUGUUUGUUGCUAGUCGUAAAAUGUUUCCUAGCUAAACUGCAAAUUUAAAUUUUAAUUAAUUGAAUAAUUGUCAGCGCACAUUACUCUAGACUUGAAUGAUCCCUCAAUUACAGAAUCGAAAAGAAUUAAUAACGAACCAAAGCCAAAUCAGUCUAGAUUGCUUCAAUUCGAGCCAGGCCGGGUAUAGUGAUCAUCACUUUUGACAUUUAUAUGAUUUUUGACAUUCAACCAUGCCAGGCUAAGGAGAUACUUUUUGUAAAGAAUAUUCUAUAUUACCAAAACUCUUGUAAGGGCUUUGUUUUUGCCCUUUGUUGUGAGAACCAAAUGUUCCAUUACCUAAUCAAGGAGUUCCUAUCUUCAAUUUUCGGAUGUUCCGGUAAUGUAUGCUUGCUACAGAAGUCUGUGUUGGGUAUGGUUUACCAACGGUGCAUAGACUCCAUAGUCGGCCUUUGGGAUACUUUGCUUCAGCUUCUUUCGAGUCUUCACGAAAAGCCUUUUCCCUUUUUAAGGUUCUGUUUUCAUAGGAAAAUAUACGCCCGUCUGUCCGUCUGCCAACCCCAUUUCCUCAGAAAUGGUUACUUCUACUGAUACAAAAAUUGGUGGAAAGGUGAGAACUAAGAAUUCCCUUGUAGUGUAACAGUAACAUCGUUCUGCUUUCAGUUUAAGUUGUUCACCGAAUGUAGUCAUGUAAGAUACCAAAUGAGCACUUUUAGAAGUUUCGGCAUUGAAUAAAAAGGGGAGAAGCACGGGGGUCAGUUAUUUCAAGAACCGGCUCCCAGAAACUACCAUACUUAAAAAUCUGAGAAAAUCAAAUCUAUAAAAUUCUGCAGUGGGAUAUAUUUUAAUUGAAGGAAGCAUCGUAUUUCAAAGUUGGUUGGAAGCCCGACUAUUAUUAACAAAGUUGUAAUAGGUCAAAUUUGUCCCUUUUGUGUCAAAUCUACUCCUCACGAGAUAAAAUUUGAGUAUCACAUCUAAUUGAAUAUUGGGUAUAUUCGGCGUAUAUUUAUAUCCUUGCAUAAAAAAUUAGCAAAACCAUUAUACCUGAGACGCCUAGCUUUCGACUUUUUUACUAUUCUGUGAUAAGUGUUUUAGAGGAUACCGACUUGUCCUUCACAAAUUCAUUUCUUCAUUUUAGUUGCUUUUCGUUUGAUAUAUGUAUUUCUUGGAAAAAUUGUUGUGUCUUUAGCAUAUCAGUAAGAUUAAUUCAUGUGUCUUUAAUCUUGUUUUCUGCGUUUUCCGGUUCAUCUAUUUUAAAACUGAAUAAUAGUAAUCGGACCUCUGAUGUAGAAAAUGAGCGAUGAAUCACCAACUCAAUCGAAAGUAGUGUAUUAGAUACUUAAAGUUAAGCGAAAGUGUUUACUACUUUGCUACUAUGCAUUUAAAAGUCAACGAAAAUCUAAAGUACAUUGAAGUUGUCUCUCGUCUAUCCGCCACUGAAAAUAUUUUUUACAAAAUUCGAUCGUCUUUUCUACGAACUACUGUGAUGAUGCAGUGUAGCUCUUCGAAAGAAUUACUAUGUGUAUCUUUGAAUCGAGAGAUAACUACCUAUUCCGGUUUUCGAUGGUUCAAGUUGAUCAUUUGUUGUCAGUAGCCCUCAGUAUUGACGUUUCAAGUUUCCAGCUCAGCGUGGAUGACAAAUUUUUGAGCCUAGCAUACGUGUUCCUUCAUAGCAAUCUGAUGGAGACGACUACCCUCGAUCUGUUCACUAAAGGAAUUCAUUUCGCACCCCCAAUCAAUAUUCGGUUAAAAAGUGAUCCUUUUGAACCUGGAGACCAACCGAUCGUAGAGGGUAGUUUUUCUAUUUUGCUGCACUUCAUUCAGUUUAUGAAGCAUCUAUUUUUAGGGUUUUGUGGAAAACAAAAUUUUAUUAAAAUCUCUUCACUGGUUCACUGUCUGUUUAUCUAUUGUCACUAGAUUUGGUAGAAAGACUGGAGAAGUUUGAACCUUCGCGGGUACAUCAUCCUAUGUUGAAUUCAAGGAAGUUCUCGAUUAGCAUUUUUUGAAGCUAGGCUUAGUUUGAGAAGGGGGGUUAGAAAGAAGUCACUUCAAUGAGGGGGCCAUUCGUAGAAUGUACCAAAUCGAGAAAUUAGGAAAAAGUCAGAGUGAUGGCUCCAAAUAACAUAACUCUCGCAACACUCCCCAUUCUGAUAUCAGCUCAAAUCAAGUUAAUUCAACUCUUUUAAAAAUUUUCCUGGGAGCCCGCCUUAAGUUUCCCCAAGAAUUACAAAACUUCGCGAUAAUAUAGGUCAUUAUAUGGAAGAGAAUACGGUAAAGAUUGGUGAAAAUCCUACUAUAAGUAAGUUGUAGUAAAUUAAAAUUGUGUGUUUUGUGUAAAUUUACUGCACCUUAGUGCAAUUCCGUUAUUUAUCGUCUUUUUAGGAGCUUGAAAAUUUUCUGAUGCAAUGUUGGUACUUUUCUCAUUUGAAGUAAUCUCAAAAACAUCAGCAUUAAAUUCAGUGAACGGCAGCCUCAUUUUUAAAUGUAUGUAGAUACAUUUCUUUGAGAACUUGAGUUGAUGCAUGAGAAGUGUGGAAUUCGUGCCAUCUUAUUGAAUAAAACAUUUUAAGAUCGAUGUUCCUUCAAAAUUUCAUCCAAAUGGAAGUGUUUGUUCUCGAUCAUUACUACCUGGUUGCUUUGAGAAAAAAACAUGAGUGUUGAAUCUUCAGAAGGUUAACAUUUGAGCAUUGUUUAUUUAUUAAUUGAGUCCAAGAGUUCCGAGAGGGUCUAACUUUAAGAAGACAAGUGGAAAGCAGAAACUUGGCGCUUUAGUUAUGAAAGAUUUUGUGUAUUUCUUAUAUGUUUGAGUGGGGAUUGUCCCCGUCUGCACCUAAAACCUUAAGGAGACAUAUAGGGCAACCGUUUUAAAGACUGUCUUAGCAGAAAGUGUUUGGAGUGGAGUUUCAAUUUCUUUUCAAUAAAGGGUACGUAGUAACGAUUUAUUAUACAUAAUUACUGUUUGCCCACAGGAUUUCCAUUUUAAUAUGGGGCCUAUUGUACACUCCCUAAAUGUGUGUCAGGGAAAAGCAAAAAGGACGCUGCCUUACGAUAGAACAUUCGCCAGUUUUCAAAAAUUUCUCAACUCCAAGAGCUGGAACCUUCAGUAAUCGGGCUAUAUCAUGCAUUGCAAACGGGAUGUACUCAGCCAUUUGGAAGAAUGCUCUUCACUAUUGUCGCUCUGCCUCUUUACAGCUGUGUCUAAUAACAUGAAAAGGUUUCACUAACAGUUUCAAAUCAUUUGAAUUACGUUCUGAAAUGAGUUUGCUUUAUCACAAUACCAGGGAGAAAUCUGGCAUGUGUUCCUUAGAUCUUUCGCUAAAGGGUGUCCUCAUUGUUUAGUUAUCCGCAUCAUAUAAAUGUACUUCGCUGUCGUACUUUCAUGAAAAUGGAUAACUUUCUUUGUGGGUAUUCAUAUAGAUAGUAGAGGUAAGCCUCUUAACACUUGUCUCUUACUGAAGGACUUAUAAAAAUAAUAUCGAAGAUGUAGUCCCUGAUACAUUGACAAAUGAAUCUCUAGUUGUGUUUUUAGGAUAUAUCGUGUCGCUAUUGCUAAUAUAAAAAAUAUCAAAAUAAAUCCAUUCCUUUGUACUACCCUUAUUAUAUGAUGCUAUCUUUCAUUAAGCCGAGGUUUGAGUGCGAUCUGCCAGGUAUCGUUCGAUCAAUUAUUGCGAAACCCAUUUCUGUAACUUAACCACAAAUACAUGGCGUACGUUAGAAUACUUCUCCAGCUGGCUGACUGUGAGGCUAAUUUUUCCGGAAGCUCGGAAUUUCUACAUGGAAUUGUGCAAAACAGCAAAGCGCAGUAAACUUUGCUGUAAAUUUUUGUCAGUUAAACAUACAGUAUUUACUGUUUGAACUUGUAAAACAAGGACGUCACAUAGUAUGCUCCGAAUUUCAUUAAUUGAUGGGUGAAACGGUUGGCCAAUUACCACCAACUAGUUAUCUGCAGACAUUUUUUUCAACAAAUUUCCCGGAAAGAACUGGUUGGCGCUAAAAUGGCUUAUUUUAUUUGAAUUCAUUUGGUCCAUCAUUUGAAUUUUGCUUCUGCUAUGGCGCAACAAUCCGAAAUCUGUCCUUGGCCUAUCGAAUUUUUCGUAUCCACGCUUUUCAAUCGAACGACCGAGUUCUCAAAAUUCGGAAAUCGAGCGGCGUGUCCUGUGCGUUGUCCAUUGAAUUCUCUUAUCUAUUUGGGGAUUUCCCAUCUGGUCGUUCACCUUCCAAUUUACCGUUAAGUGUUUGUCUGGGAACCUUUUUAACGUCCGUACGCUCUGCAUGACUUGCCCACUGGAGCUUUCAAAUCUUGAUAUGGAAGGCGGCUUCUGGUUAGUCGUACGUGGUUCAUUAAAUCUAUCAUCAUUCAUUCUUAAAUCUCUUCAAUGUUUCUCAUAAAGUACACCCCGAGAAUUUAUCAACUGAAGGAGUCUAAUAACGUCUAGCCUCUCUGAUUAUUUACUCCGCUCUCCUGGAUGGAGGUUCUUCAGCUCCAUUGAAAUUUAGUGCUUUAUGAUUGAUUUAUCUCCACUUUCGUAGCGGCUAUACUUAUUACAUGGUGGCAUAAUUCGCAAAGCUAAUGCCCCUUAAAAAUGGUGCCCGGUAUGACCUUUUUGUAUGAAAUAUGUCUCAAUCACCCACUAUUUUAAAAGUCCCAAAAAAUGUCCACUUCUAGUUGAACCUCACACUAUAGCUGCAACAUGCAAAAUUUGAAGAAAAUAAUUCUAACGCCACUUGUCAAAAGUGUAUAUAAAUAUAAAAGCAGUUUCUACAUUUUCAAAUAUCAUUUCAUCUCUUAAUAAUUUUCAUUUGUUUUUAUUCGCUUAUUUCCUAGAUUUGUGCGUUUGUAUUAAUUUUUUAUUUUUCUAAACCGUCUACGCUUAUUUACUAGCUACCGACAAUUAAUUAAUAGAAACACUGUUUGCAAAUGUAACACAAUACAGCAUUAGGAAGCCACCCUACACCACAAUACCGCAUAAAGCAUAAAAUGAUUAGCGCAAUUAUAGAUACUUCCUAAACGAGUCAAGAUAUCAGAACCAAAGAUACGCAAUUUUAACCACAUAUCUUCUUUGCUUUAGAGAAAGUAAAAAACAAGUAUAUAAUCAUGUACAUUCCCGAAAUAUCAUUGAAUUUCUUAUUGCACAGAAAUAUGAGCACCAUCUAAUCAGACACAAUUUUUACUUUUACUAAAAGCCCAUCUAGUACCGCGCUUCGAACCAUCUUGAAGUUUUCCUGGGAAAUUGGAGAUGGAAUAUACUUAGGGCAUGAUUUAAUCCGCAGGAUAAGAAGUAGAGCACUCACACACUGUACUAUAUUUAUUGUUGCUCUGUUCGACUUUAUGGUUACCAAUAUAUUUCUGCUUUCACUUGUUGGGCAACUUUUCUUGCUUUUCUUUUAUUUUCUCUAGAACUGACCUGCCUCGAAUCAUGCCCCGAGUAUAUUUAUUGUCAUUUCUGAUAGAAGCUUUGCGAAACAGAUUAUUUUUCUUUUUUUGAUUGUUUUUCUCUUGAAACCAUAUAUUUGCAGCUACAAGAGGAUGAGUGGUUAGCGGCUGCCAAUUUGCUAGUCUAAAAAGGAUUGUUCAAGCAUUUCGUGUAGCUAAAAAUGUGCAAUGUUACCAUAAACUCCAUAAUUUAAGUGAAAGUUAUAAAGUAAUGAAAACUAUGCGACAAGAUGACAAAAGGAAGUAGUAGACAUAUAUCAAGUGGAAAAGUGGGUACAGAAUAUUUUGUGAUGAUUUAUAUUACGAAUGCAAAGCUAUUGAAAUACUAAUCUUUUGUUACUGUUUCUAAGCCCAAGUAGUCUUACGAAAACGUGUCUAAAAUAAUAUAAAAUAUAUGAAAUAGGCAUAUUAGUAGAUAACUUAUAAUUAGAUUUAUGGAUACGAGUAUUGUUUGUGUAAUUGCCCGAUUUAACACAUUUAAAAAUGAUGAAAGUAAGGGAAGGCCCCGUUGUAAUUUUAUAUCUGUUUUAAUGGUGUAUCGGAAACCUGGAAUUUUGAAGUUUCUUUUCCUAGGGCGGAGGAAAUUGUUGACGAACUUUUGGUUGAAUGCCAUUCUAAAUCAAAAAUAGCAAAAGGUGUUGUUCUUAUUUGUUCGUGGAGUACAUACACAUACUACAUUUAAGGUAAAGUAUGAACCUAUUUGCGUGGUUUCACGAAAACAUAAUUAUACUUAGUGAAAACAAUGCAUUGCAACUGGUCAAAAUAAAUGGUCUCAAAAUACGAUAAUCAACAAGAUAUUAUAAAGUAAUAAAUAUAUAGAAACAUAUUGUCGUAAUGAAACAAUAGGAAAAUAAAGUGUUAUACAAAAUAUUAAGAGUACUAAAAGCAAUGCACAAUUAUUCUUAACAAAGAAGCAAACUCAUUUGUUCAUUUUCGGUCAUCCACAAGUUACAGUUGUGUUAAACAUGGUUCCAGACUUUAUAUUAUUGAAGAGAAAUUUGGUUAUCACUUAUUAUACUAUUGAAAACUUUCCAUGUUUUAUUAAGUUUAUUGAAAGCGCACAUAUGUAUUAUACUAUAAAUAUUAUAAAUAAAAGCAAAUAAAACAGUUAGCCAAGUAAGGAUCUACAUUUAUAUAUAAAUAUAUGAAUCAACGCAAGAAAGUAAAUUUAUAAAAGUAGUCAAUUUUUGCGGAGAUUAGGACACGAUAUGAAACACAUGAAAGCAGUAAACCAAAUAAACCUACAACAAUAAAAUAUAUACCAAAAAAACAAAAAAAAAAUACAAAAUUACAAAAUGGUGUAUAUACAACAAAAUAAACAAAAAAUCUGAGCAGUAGCAAUCUAUUAAAAUAUAUAUUCGACUAUGACGAAUGGAAACAAGAGGAUCGCGUGCAAAGCCCAAAUAUAGUUUCGGCGUAUAAUAUAAUUAUAAAUAUAGUGAAAUGAAAAAUGAAACAAAAAAAUUAAUCGUGAAAGUAACAUAAACAAGCAAAGCCAGUAAGUAAACCUGAAACGGUAACUGUAGUAGCAGUUUUUCUAGGUUAUAAAAAGUGGAGAAAAAAUAAUCCGAUUGAAUAUAUAAAUAUAUAAAAAUGGAGCAAAUAAAUAUAAAAUAAAGAAAAUUGAUCAAAAAUGCGGAAAUUAAGGAAACGAUAAAUACUGUGAGAAUAUAAAACAAAAAAUUUGAAAAAGAUGAAAACAAAGUAUAUAUAUGAAAUAAAUGAAUGACAUUUUAUAAAAAAAUA